AGCUAACACCCCUUCUGGAACAGAGGAAACGUGCCAAGGGGUUGUAAAAGUAACAGCGCCCUCGUCAUCGUUGCCAUCUCAACCCGACAGCACCAGUUCCAUCUUGACUGAACCUGCUAAAGUUGCCAACCACACUGGCCUGCCCAGUACGCCAGCACCAGUGGUGCUUGUUCCAAUACUUGCAUCUGUUCUUGGUGUGAUAAUGGUUAUCGUAGUAGGAAUUAUAAUCGUUAUCAUAAUUAUGCUGCAGGAAAAUGCCAUCGAGAGGGUUUUCAGGAAAAGGUGCCAUAGGGAAAGAAAGAAAAGGAUCAACGACGGAUCGGCUCGAAAAACUCGAUCAAUCAGAGGGCUACCAACCUCUAAACGCCGCUCCUCCUUUACCCUUGGCAUUGGUGGCUCCUAUCAGCGCAGGUGCUUCUCAGAUCAUCCGAGCUGAUCGUCUAGGAGGUGGGAAACCAGAGGGUGGGCAACAUGGGGUCCUUCCUUGCAAAGUACAUCCUGGCGAAGCCUCAAGGUCUUCUCAAGACCCCCAUCGUCCGCCCUGCAUACCCGAAUACAACAUGAAUCUCAAGAAUGAUGACGAAUUGAUGGGACAUCUCUACUGUGACAUAGAUAAUGUUCAAGGUCCUUCUCCCAUGCUUACUGCUACUAGCUCCCCCUUAGGCGAUUAUGUAGAACCCGGCGGAUUCGGCGGUAACUCAGAGGCUGCCACUCUUUGUCCUGGUGAACCAGGGACACAAGGUGUAAAACCUCCUGUUGCUGGUAGCUUGUCCCCAGUAACAGAAGACGAAUGCCUACAUCCAACUUAUGACACUAAAAUGCAUGUUUGUAAGAUGCAUCGUUCCUCUUCUGUUUACAAUGAGUACGAGACGAAGGUACACAAAUCAGUCCCAUCACAAGACUGAUUAUUCCCAGACACUUUCAAUCUAUUUUCUUUCAAAUGCAACUCGUAACAGUAUGUGACAAUAAUAUAUCAUUUUAUUCAUGAAGACGCCGAUAAUAAUGUUUUCGUUCGUUGAGAAGACAAGAUCAAAAUGUUAUUAUGUAAAAUUGUGUUUUCCUCAACUCACUAAACUGUGAAUGAAUGUAAAUAAUGUGAGAAUAGAGACAUGUCUAUAUAUUUGUUUUCAGAAUAUAUCAUGCUUUCCCAAAUAAAAUCUCGGUAUUUGUACGCUAUGUAUGAUAACAGAAAAACAGUAAAUGUAUGUUAAGAUUUCUAAUCAGUCCAGUUGAGAUAUCAAUUAAGACCUACAUUAGAAAAACAGAUUUUUUUUUAGGGGUAAAGAUUAAAACUUUGUUUUAUAGUCAAAGAUAUUGCUUUUUAUAAAACGUAAUUGCUGUACAAUACAAAACAAAAUUCUUCUUUUAAAAAUUCAUGUGUGAAUGGCGUGAUGCUUCC